AUGUCUCACAAUCAUCACCACCAUCAUCAUUGUGGAAGUUGUUGCUCCGAAGCACAACAAGGAGACUUUCAAGGAGAUGACCACCAUCAUUGCGAACACGAUCAUGGCUCUCAUGAUAAGAACGAGUUAGAAGGCUUUCAACAAACUUUAUUUCCCUACAUUGAUAAAAUUCAUGUUCGAUGUAUGAACGAACACAAACAAGAUGCUUGUCAAAGCAUUAUUAGACCAUACAAUGAAAGGAAAUCAACAAAUGGAUAUUUAGAAAGUGCGGUGGAUAGUGAAUUGUUGUUGAUCGUUCCUUUUACUGUUUCCGUCAAUAUUAAAUCUUUUCAAAUAAUUGGUGGUGAUCCAAUGACAUGUCCUGACAAGGUGAAGAUAUUUAAGAAUAAUGAAUUACUAGAUAUUGAUAGUGCUUCACAAAAGAAAGCAGACCAAGAACUUGAUCUAACUUAUGAUGCGGAGGGAACCUAUGACUUUUUACUGAAAACAAGCAAGUUUGCGAAUGUUCAAUCUCUUACUCUAUUUUUCCCUUCUAAUUUUAGUGGAGAGAAUACAAGAAUUACCUAUAUUGGCUUCAAGGGAGAAUAUUCUGAUUAUAAGCGACGAGCUGUACAAGCAAUAUAUGAAGCAGCUCCUCAAGUGACGGACCAUAAGGUUGAUGCUCUAGAGGAUCAAUGGGCAAAUGCAAAGAAAUUAGGAAUGUAA